CGUACUUGUACAGUCGUCUCAGACUUGUUGUUGCAAAACCUCGUCUAUUGCAACUACAUACGGUUGUAGAGUGUAACUUGACGUGCCACUGAACACUUUCCUUAAAACUUCAAGGCUGACAAAGUUGUCAGUUGCGCUGUUAACUCAAUGAUGACUGUACGCGUGUUAGGGCUUGCCUUGUGGCUGUCGUGUGUUAGCAGUGCGGUGAUCAACAAUGAUUUGUACAGACUGGACAUAGUGCAUUUCAACGACUUUCACGACAGAUUCGAAGAAACGACAGUGCAAUUCCCAGUAUGCAAGACCAACGACGACGCGUGCAUAGGGGGUUUCGCUAGACUGUACUUCGAAAUCAAGAAACUGCUCAGUGAGAAGCAGAAUCCACUGCUCCUGAACGCAGGAGACGUGUUCCAAGGGACGUACUGGUACACGCUGCUGAAAUGGGACGUGGAGCAGAAGUUCAUGAAUUUGAUGCCGGUUGACGCAACUGCCUUAGGUAACCACGAGUUCGACGAUGGACCAGCGGGCCUAGCACCGUACCUUGCGGCACUCCGCAGUCCAGUAGUAGCCGCUAACCUGGACUCAACCAACGAAACUGCUUUGAAUGGACUGUAUAAACCGCACAUCGUGGUCGAGAAAAAUGGAAGGAAAAUUGGAAUCAUUGGACUUAUUACUACGGAUACUGCUAAAACAUCAAAUCCAGGCAAAAACUUAAAAUUCUUGGACCCAAUAGAAACUGUUAAGAAGGAAGCCCAGCUGUUGACUGAUGAAGGAGUCGACAUCAUCAUAGUGCUGUCUCAUUGUGGCUUGCUUCUAGACUUAAAAAUGGCGAAGGAGGUGGGAGAGAACAUUGACAUAAUAGUUGGUGGUCACAGCCAUAGCUUGUUGUGGAAUGGUACCUCUCCCAGUAAGGAGGUGGUGUCUGGGACAUACCCUGAAUUGGUUGAGGCUGACAACCUGCCAGGACAUAAAGUCGUGGUGGUGACAGCUUCCGCAUUUAGCAAAUACUUAGGGAAUUUAACAACGUACUUUGAUCGAAAAGGAAACCUGCAGUCUUUUGAAGCUUCCCCAGUGUUUUUGAACAGGUCUAUUCCAGAAGAUCAAGAAAUCAAAGGUCUUCUGAAGCCAUACAAAGAGAGCCUAGAUCGCAUAGUCAAUGAAGUAUUAGGCACCGCAACAGAUCUGCUGUGGGAUACGCCCUGUGGCAGCCGCGAAUGUGCCCUUGGAGAUUUGGUGGCUGACGGCAUGAGGGCUAAGGCAAUGGAGAGUGUAAACUCAACACUACCUCACGUGGCUUUUAUUCAACGCAAUAUGCUGCGCGGAUCCAUUUCCAAAGGAGAUAUAACAAGAGGUGGCAUAAUGAAUAUGUUGCCGUUUACAAACAAAUUCUGGACGAUGGAGUUGCAAGGGAAAUACAUUGUGGAGUUUCUUCAAAAGUGUUUGACAAGCAGUUGGGGGACUGACCCUUGGUCGGGUCCAUGGAUGCCUCAAAUAUCAGGUAUGCAAGUGACAUUGAACACUACAGACAAAUCCGUGGGGCCAGUGCUAGUCAAAGAGGGUCAGGAGUUUGUUCCCUUGAAGGAGGACAAGUACUACCAAGUCACCACUAUGCAUUUCAUAGUGAUGGGAGGCAACGGUUUCAAUAUGUUCCUAAACAACACGCGUAACUUGGUCAACCUUGGAGUCGACGCGAAGCUGUUUGAAAGUUACGUCAAAGAAGUCUCACCCAUUACUCCCAAAUUGGACAACAGACUUACUGUUCUUAGUUAAAUACAAUUAUAAAAUACGGGCACAUAAGCUACACAAUUAAAAUAAACUAAGGCUGGGUUGCACCAUCUUACUUUAACUUUAAUAAACGUCAAUCUAUCAGACUCCAUACAAAAAUCACCGGCUUUCGUUAGUUUUAAAGUUCGGUGGUGUAACUCAGCCUUAGAGCCAAAGCAUACGAUACGUUGCGGCGUCGCACCGCAAAGAUUUCGCCGUAACGUGCGACGUGGCGCCGCACCGCUCGUGUGCCCGCCACAGAUAUUUCUAUGUAAGACGACGCAGCGACACCGCUAAGGCGUCGCACCGUCGCCGCAACGCAUCGUGUGUUUUGGCUCUUACCUAUCUACGAUACGUAAACUACGCUUAUGAUCGACAUCGAGUACAAUAAGUAGGUUUUUUAAUAACGUAUUACUAUUUUUUUAAAUUUAAUUUUAAAUUAAAAAUACUGUUAGUGCAAAUUACGAAUGACAUAAGAUGUAAAAUAAGCUAAUCAUAAUAUAAUCUAAGUAGAUCAAUUUAGCUAAAUUUCUUUAGUUGUGAUCGCUUAAAUAAUUGAUAUGCAAUAAUAAAUGUAAAUUAAUUAUUAUUUAAUACCAACAAACUUGUUAGAUACAGAAGUACGAAACCUAGAAUAUAAUUUCAAUUCAAAACGGUUGUGAAUAUAAUGUUAAUUAAAAAUAGU